GACUCUUUUCUCUCCUGUGUUAUGAGCCAGCCUGGGUUCAGCUGCAGCUCACUUCCAAGGGUCUCCCUCACCCCACCCCAGCCCCCACCUCUGUCCAGAGGAAGAAACGGUCCACUCUGAGCCUCCCCUGAGAGCUGGGGCAGAACCAGAACUGAGCCAUCCUUACUCCGUUCAGGUGAGACUUGGGUCACCGCAGUGGACACGCCAUUGGCUGAAGCGGUCACGUGACCACAUCUGACCCAGAGGAUGAACACACAUCUCCCAGCAGGACGGCCUCGGGGAAGGAGGCUCAUGGAUGGACGAUGGGCCCCCCAGAGACUGGAAGCCACAACCACCACAAGGAGAAGCGAGGCUCCAAGUUCCUCUCUUCAAAGACAGCUCAUUAAGAUAUAGGACACCAGUGGUGGGUUUGCCGUAACCUUAACCAGAUCCUCAUAUUCCUCAUGGAGAAGAAUGUCCAACACCACAGCCUCUCAACCUUGCCAGUCCUCCCAGGCACCCUUAUUCCUCAGAAGGGUUUGCAGGAGGAAAGAGUCGUUUCCCCGGCAGAUAACGACCAAAGGGCCACCCUUGGGAACCUGUUGAGGGGCCACCCGGCACGCCUUGUUGUCGUUAAUGAGCACGCCCAGUUCUGAGGUCACCUGAGCAAAGCCAUCCGUGUCCUCAGCUGACGUGGAGGAAGCCAAGAAGCGGAUUCAGAGCAGGAGGCGCAGCCGCUGGAGCGAGGCCGAGGCUGCUUGGAAGAGCGGGCGGAAGAUGGCGGGAGGCCAGCGCCAAAGGCCCCCGCGCGUGUUUAUGUGACCACAGUCACAGGACCCAGAGACAGGAUAGCUAAGCCUCGCUGAGUUUAUUUUCCAUUACCUUUAAACCUUUCGAGUGCAGUGAACCCCAACUACAUUCUUGUCAAGCACUUUUUAAAAAACAUAUUUCAGCACUUAAUAUUUAAACCCAUGUACACUUCAAGUGAAAUAUCAGCCAGGUGUUUCGGAUUCGUAGCAAGGAGAGAGAUCAUCAAAAGACUGCUUUGUCACAAAUAUUUGACACCUGGGAAAGCUUUUUAAGCAAGUUUUCUUACAAACAGGCAGCUGCUUUGCUAGCGUUCUCAACUCAGAGUCCCUCAAAUUCAAAUUCUAGUCUGGAAAUCAGAAGUUAUAGUUGGAUUUGAAUUUCACUUUAAGCCUCGCCACCCCGUUUGAAGGAAGUAGCAGAGUCCCAUGGUAGCCAGGUGGGCAAAGGGGAGUGAGGACCAUCCACCUGCCUUGGAGAAGACGCCAUCUGACCCGCCGGCUGGCCGCGUGAGCACCCAGGUACACAUUGGUGGUCCCGUGAGCUGGAUCGUGGACCCGAUUCACAUCAGCAUGGCCAGCACGCCCCUGGUGAAGCACACCGCUGGCCCUGGCCUCAAGGCCAGCAGACCCCGAGUCAUGUCCAAGAGCGGGCACAGCAACGUGAGAAUCGACAAAGUGGACGGCAUAUACUUGCUCUACCUCCAAGACUUGUGGACCACCGUCAUCGACAUGAAGUGGAGAUACAAGCUCACCCUGUUUGCCGCCACGUUCGUGAUGACCUGGUUCCUGUUCGGGGUGAUCUACUAUGCCAUUGCCUUUAUCCACGGGGACCUGGAGCCCAGUGAGCCCCCUUCCAAUCACACCCCAUGCAUCAUGAGAGUGGACUCCCUCACCGGGGCAUUCCUGUUUUCCCUGGAAUCCCAGACGACCAUCGGCUAUGGAGUCCGUUCCAUCACCGAGGAAUGCCCUCAUGCCAUCUUCCUCUUGGUGGCCCAGCUGGUCAUCACCACCUUGAUUGAGAUCUUCAUCACGGGCACCUUUCUGGCCAAAAUUGCCAGACCCAAAAAACGGGCAGAAACCAUCAAGUUCAGCCACUGUGCCGUCAUCACCAAGCAGAACGGGAAGCUGUGCUUGGUGAUCCAGGUGGCCAACAUGAGGAAGAGUCUCCUGAUCCAGUGCCAGCUCUCGGGGAAGCUCCUCCAGACCCAUGUCACCAAGGAGGGCGAGCAGAUCCUUCUGAACCAGGCCACCGUCAAGUUCCAUGUGGACUCCUCUUCCGAGAGCCCCUUCCUCAUCCUGCCCAUGACGUUCUACCACGUGCUGGACGAGACAAGCCCCCUGCGGGAUCUCACCCCCCAGAACCUGAAGGAGAAGGAGUUUGAGCUGGUGGUCCUCCUCAACGCCACCGUGGAGUCCACCAGCGCCGUGUGCCAGAGCCGCACAUCUUACAUCCCGGAGGAGAUCUACUGGGGCUUCGAGUUUGUGCCUGUCGUCUCUCUCUCAAAAACCGGCAAGUACGUGGCUGACUUCAGUCAGUUUGAACAGAUCCGGAAGAGCCCAGAUUGUACCUUUUACUGCGCGGAUUCUGAGAAGCAGAAACUUGAAGAGAAAUACAGGCAGGAGGAUCAGAGGGAAAGAGAGCUGAGAACGCUUUUGCUGCAGCAGAGCAAUGUCUGACGGCAGCGGUGUUGCCUCGGCUUAUCUCCGAGUGGCUUUCACGUCUGAGCUCCCUUCCAACACAGAGAUCACCAGGGAACUGAAAAUGUGUGGCCACGCCCAGAAACACUGCACAGGCUUACAGACCUGUUCCUCUGAUGAUGGCUUCAAACAACCUUUGCCACGUCUGAGAGGGUUCCUUUCUUCAGUGCUCUGUCUGAAGCGAACUCCCCAAAUUCAAAUUUUCCAUUUCCGUUGCAUUUCAAAAAAGCUGGUGGAGGGCUACGGGAACAAUGUCCUGCUGCGUGGACAGACAUUUCAGGAUGCUGAUACUGAAAGGAGAUGCGCUUCUUAUACAAGGACAUCAGCUAUAAUAUAAAGUAUUUAUUUAGUCCAAGCAUGAAAGACAUCACAAUCGAGAGCUGAUAUGUGGUUCAGUAUCCACUUACAUCGUUGCUUUAAAACACACUCGUUUUUUCAAACAGAGAAAACAGUAUUUAUAAUGGAGGCUCUCUGAUCAUACAUAAACUGGGGCAAAGGGACUCUAUUCACAAAGUAUAAUAAUUCCGUUUUUACCUUUUUCAGUGAAUGUUGUUGUAUAGAAUGAAAUUGAUCAAAUUAAGAAUGAACUGCUGUAAAAACAUGCAAAUGGAGCUGAUAUGAUUGUUCACAAUUUUUUUUGUUGAAAUGUACUAGCCCCUUUCUAUUUAAAAUAUAGUUCACAAGCAGCACCCAUCAGCGUCAUCCAGGAGCUUUAUUAGUAAAUUAGCCCCACAUGGGCUUAGAGAGUCAUAGUCUGUAUCUUAACAGGAUCACCAAGUGAUUCAUGCAAAAAUGAAAGUUUGGAAAGCUUCACUCCUGACAGAGUUUCUGAAGUAGCUUUCUGAAGCCAAGGGACUCUGCUCAUCCCUAUCCCCUAUUCUUUAUUAUGGCCCAAUAUUCCUUUCAGGGGUUGCCUUCCUUAUCUGUUAAAAUACCUUAUCCACAGAGGAACUGCCACAGACAUUUCAAGAGCAAAAUAACACCCUUGACAGUAAUGGUUGUCUCUCUCAAGUCAAGUACAUGCUUGUUGAUUACAAUCGGCACAAAAGAAAAUUUCAGCUUCAUGACAGUCGAAAAUUUGCUCCUACAUUGAAGUCCAGGAGUUUGGCUGGGGCCAUGAAGAACAGAAGGAGCCAAGGCUAAGGAGUUCAAAUGCAGAUGACUCCUUGAAGCAUGAACAAAGCUUGAUACCUGAUAGCAUGUAAAGCGUGCCCUCAGUAUUGAAAUAAAUCUCAUACAACUCAGUGUUACAGAGUAACGUUUGGAUUUUGGCAGGAUUUAGAGCAUUUCUUUGGGGGCGGAGAAUCAAUGCGCUGGGAUUGGCUAAAUGUGCAAAAGGUGAACUCUCAUUUCACUCAGACCAGGACAGAUUUGAACAUUCAUUCAAGAAGAAUGGAUGUGCGCGUGACCCCGUGUGUGUGCAUACACUGAGUGAACACACAGACACACACACGCAGGCAUGCUCCUCCUGGCUCUUCCGUCAUGGUGGUGGAAAUUAUCCGCAAAGACAUUUGUGAUUAAGACAGCAAGUCUUCGGCAAAUGUGCUCAUGUUUAUUCUGUUCUCUAAGAAUGGGAGCGUCGGGACUCAGAGCAAACAGGGCCUGUAAUCUGGAUUCAGGUUUUCUGUGAAAUGGUGUCAUAUCAUGAUGUUACCAUAAUCCCAAGUCUCCUUCCAUUAAACACAAAACGUGCUGAAACCUCUGACCCGUAAGUGAACAUUUAACACAGGUAUGAAAACAAUGGAGUUGAAGUUGUAAAAGUUUGAAAAACAAUCCUACUACACAAGAAGUGAUUGUCUUCAGUUAUUCAGGAAGGGUUUUUUGUUUGUUUGUUUCUGUUGAUCACUUUAUGGCAGUUUGUUUUAGAUCUUCAUUCUCUUUAAAAAAUCACAUUAGUGUAGUUGGAUAUUAGCCCUUUCAAUUAUUAAACUUUUUAAUUGUAUAAUGUAGUGAAAUCACAGGAAAAUAAUGCCUCGGCAUGUUUACAAUCUUUCGCUUGUACCGUGAAGUUUCUUUCACACAUUUACGUCAGUGCUAAUUUAAGUGUGAUCAAGAUUGGGGAUAUUACAUACUUAUAUUGUAUAUGGUACAAUGAUAUAGCAUAAGAUUGAAGAGUCUUUCUUUAUGUUCAUUUUGCAUAUCUGUUUUGGCCAAAUUUGGAAGACUUGAUCAUCUGAUCUAUUGCAAUACACACAAAAUAAAUAUGUAGUUUCUCAAAACCCAAUACUUGUACCAGUCAAUAAAUCAUGUUAUAACAAACUAUUCAAUAAAUAGCACUAAAGAUGUAUCUGA